GGCUUGAGAAAGGAAGUAAAUCCAAACCAUCCUUCUGGCUUUGCAGUGUGCCUUUCUGAGUGCUGGAAAUCAAUGCGUGGCUGCUGGCAAACCACGCUGAGAUGAGUUUUUGGGGCUUUUCCCGCGGUUCGGGCACAUGAGCAGGUUGGCAGCUGUGAUCUGGAAGCUGCCACUUCCCCGCAUCAAUUAGGGUCGUGUGACCGAAGGGUAAUUAGAUCUGCUCAGCUGCGAGCUGCCAGAGCUUGGGUCCUAUCAAUUAGCGGCUCACAGAGGGCCGCUGAUGGGACACGAUGGCAACGGGGAUGAUGGCAGGGAUAGGGCUGAGCUGAUGGCUUCUUCUCCUCCUUGUCUCUGCUCCCAGAGCUGCAGGCAUCUCCCUAGAGCCAUGCAGAGCUGCCAGCCCCCCCCAGCCGUCCCGGGGCCGGCGUGACCGCCAGCGGCCACCGCAUCCCUGGAGUUUGAUGGAGAAUCGGUCGGAUGACAGCGGGAACUGUUGUCAUCACCGGGGGAAUCCUAGCGACAGUGAUCCUACUGUGCAUCAUUGCUGUGCUCUGCUACUGUAGGCUACAGUACUACUGCUGCAAGAAAGAUGACCCCAAUGACGAAGAGGAGGAGGAGGAGGAGGAAGAGGAAGAGUCCGACCUUCCCACGCACUCGCACCCCGGCACGUGCAACGCCUGCAGCUCCCGCAUGGCGGACGGGCAGGGCAGUCCCACUCCCAUCCCCGAGCUCAACCAGCACGGGGCCCAUCCCCGCUGCCCCACCUGCUCCCCGUACGGCUCCCCGUUCUACAUACGGACCCCCGACAUGGUGCGCAAUGGGGGUGAGCGCGUGGCCUACGCGCCCGCCUGCUACCCCGAGAUGGGGCCGCCUGUCGGCCUGCAGGGCUUCCCGCUGAGCCGGCACAGCUUCCGCGAGGGCUUCCCCCCAUCCAGGGCCAUCAGCACAGAUGUGUGACCCCCACCGUGCACCCCGCUCGAGGGAUGGGGCUGUCAGCUUGCAGACAGUGGGGGUCGUGCAGGGAGAGCCCGAGGGCGACGUGGCCCUCCUGAUGGAGGGGAGUGGUGGAGCCUCACGGGUUACCGUGGAGGAGGUUAUCCGGACGGCGACCUCUGCACCUACAAGUGUAAUUAUUUCUCUAUCUCCUGAAGGAACUUGUCUAAUGAGGGCUAUGUACAGUACAGACUAACUUUGUUGCUCCCCGGAGCAGCGCCUUUGGUGUCCUCCAUCUCCAGCUGAGGCUGUGCCCACGUCCCCUGCACACAGGAUGGGGAUGGGAAGCACAGAGCAGUGGGAAUGGGAGUCUGGGGGCAUCCUGCUCCCCCUGGCCGCAGCACCGCUGUCAGCAGCUCAGGUUGUGCUGGGGACUAACACAGGGCUCGGCUCGGGCUGCUUCACCCACUGCAGCCUGUGCUGCAGUUGUAGGAGAGGAUCUGGAUCACUGCGAGGGGACGUGAAGACCGUUCACCCGUGGCAAUGAGCACAGGCAGAUCUCUCUGCGGCCAAAGCCCCCACUUUGACUGCUCACAAGCUUUCUUAGGAGCGAUUUUAACUUGGGCCCAUAAGUGACCGAGGUUUUGCUUACAAGAGUUGCACCGUCAGGUGACUGCAGUGUGAUCACCUCAAAGCCCUGCCCAGACCCCAUCCAGAAGGAUGCUGGUUUAGAAUCGCUUUGGCUUGCAGCAGCAGAGCCCACCAGGUUGCAUCCCCUCCUUUGUGAGGAGCUCCAAUGGAGCACGAUUUCCCCCUUCGCUUUGGGAAGAAGACCCGAGCCAGACCCAGCAGUUGUGUGGCUGUGACGACAGCUCAGCCAACAGCUCCAUCUGCGGAAUGAAGAUGGGAAAGUUCCUUCCUCCUUCACAAAUCCAAUUAGGUGAAAAAUGACCAAAAGGACAUCUCCAUCAUCCAUGGGCACUUCCAUAGCAACAGCGCAGCACUGCUCCCCGCUUGCAGCAGGGAGGAGGGAUGCAGCCAGCCCACAGGUGCUGCCAGGAGCAAUAGCAGGAACUGCUUGCCUUGCCCUAGCAAUACUGGGUAGAACUGCUCUGAAGUACAAGUGGGGUGUUCUUUCACCACCACCAUUUGGAGAUUGGCCACCUGAAGGAUUUGGACCAAGUCUUGGUUUCCCCACUUAAGCAUGGGUGAAGGAGGUCUUGUGAAGGCAAACGCUGUGUCAGCCUCAGAUGUCUUGGUUAGCAGGCAGUAGGCUGACUGACACUCUGGACCUGCUGUUGGUUUGGCACCUCUGCUCAAACAACCCAAAGAAAAGGAGCUGGAUGAAUGCCAAAAAUGAUGAUGGUCCUUGCAAUCCAGACACCGUGCCCCAGCAUGCAUCUUACACAGAGUAUGAGCAAACAUUAUUCACUGUCUCCCCCAUCUCUGGGCCAGAAAGACCUUGUGUUUCCAUUAUGCUGAGACUCAGUCUAGCUGCACCUCUUUUACAGUCUCCUUCCAUUCUCCAGACAGCGAUAGGAGGUCUUUUCGUGUCCUUUCACAAUAAGGGCAGGCAGGACGAAAGAAGAAAGUUAGCAGCAGCAACGCUCUGUGGAUCCCACUGGCUGAUAGCACCUGGCUCCCAUCCAAUUCUCUUCCCUGAUAAUAUCAUCUCUCUGUUUUUCUUGGCUAACUCAGCAAAUGCUGUCCUUUCCCACUAGAGCAUCUGCUCAGCUUGGUCUCCAUCCUGCUUGGAGCCACACAAAGUUAAUGUCACAGCAUGACUGCCGUAGGCAUGGCCAUUCCCACUACCCAACUCUACCUCUUGGCAUGAAGCAAGGCUUCCCACCUUGCAGUCCCCAGGUGGGGAGAGAAUAUGGGGUUCUGCUUCUACAGAUCACCCCUCUGAUGUGAGGAAAGUAACCAUUAUCAUCAUGUGCAAAUGAAAUAUGACCUGUCACCAGCUGAUGAGGUGAGGCAGCUCCGAGGUAGAUGGAUGGCCAAAGGUGAGCGUCACCCUCACAGCCAGCACAAAACCCUGGGCCUGGCAGCUGCAGAUGGAUGGGUGAGUCUGAAAGGGCAGGAAACAGAGAUACAGCUGUGGGUUGUAAGGUUUGGAGGAAUGGGACAGGGUAGGGGCAAGCAUCUCAGAUUUUUUCCACUUCAGAUUUCCUCUGUUGUUAUUCUCUGUCUUUGUUGCUCAGCUAUGGGUCCAAAUUCCAUGUCAGAAAUAAAUGAGGACUUUGAAAUACAAAACAGGAGUGAUUUCUGUUCUUUUGGUAGGCAACACAAGAUGGGGUUCAAU